AAAACCCAGGAGAAAAAUCCACGGGGAGAACAUGCAAACUCCAAAAUAUACAGGCGUCAGGGUCGGGAUCGACCCCACGACCUCCUGUAUACCAGGCGAGGUAGUUAACAUCUCGCCCCAGGCCACUUUGGUAAAUGAGUAUCAUAUAGGUCUCUUAAGCUCUAAGCUAAUUAAACAAAAUCAAUUUGACAUUGGAAUGAAUUAAAGCAUGUCACGUGUCUGCACACACUAUAUAUAUACAUAUUGGUCUAUAUAACAACCAAUAUGUGAGUGCAGGACAAAUAGGAAUAUCAAAGGCACAGAUCAUUAUUUUUAUCACAAUCUGGCACCUAUCACGACAUUACCACGUGAAAUAUGGAGAAACCCCACCACGGCUCUUAACCAUCGGUGUGAAUGAACAGAUUGUUACGUAUGAACCACAACGCUUUUAAACCACGUGUCACGAUCAAACGAGUUAACAUCCGAAUGUCCGCUCAAGUGAAAUAAUCGGUCGUUAUCUUUUGAAAAAGUCGCCGGGGUCGGCGUGUGCAGUCGCACACGACGACGAAGCGAAUUCACGCCGGUGGCUCGGAUGGAUAUAAAUCGCGUAAACAUUCACGGCUCUUCCCGCGCGCGUUCGUCGCUGCGACACCGUCCCCCCUUCGCGCGGCGCAAAACCCGACCUAGGGUGCGUUCGCGACAAGCCGAUCGGAGAGAGCCGGCCGGGCACGGCGCAGCCGCGACGGGGUCUCAGCGCAGCUCCGUGGCGCCGUAACGUUCGCAAGGGAAUCUAAAAUAAGUGGGGUUUGACAGGUGACCGCCCGCGCCCGGAUGCAGAUGCCUAUUUAAGGAGGUCCGGACCGAUUUAAAUCCAAAGCUCGCCCGUCAGAUGCUUGAAGGCAGCAUCUGCUCGCGCUGCUUAAUGUAUUCAAAUGUGGGGCAAAUUGGAGCACAAAAGCUGACCCGCGGGGGCCUGCUUAGUAUACGGGGAUGACUCGCAGGCGAGUUCGGUGUACCUCCGCGCUCCUCCACGAAGAGCCGUCUUGUGUACAUUGAAUAACAACGUGCGUCAAUCCACUGCUGGAUGAAGUCCCCAACCACCCCCCCCCCCCCCCCAAUAUUUGACCAUGCUGGUCAGUGCGGGUUUGUGAAGGCGGGGGAGGAUGGACCCGUACACGCGGCGAAACCCCACGCGUACGCGACGCGAUCGGCACUCGAUAAGCGCCGUGCAGAUAGAUUCACUCCUAGGGCUGCAGGACCCACCACAGCCUCCCCAGCCCAGCAGUAUGUGUGGCGGAGGUGGUGAACGGUGCGCGCGGAGGAAACCGGAGGGACCCGGAGAACCGGGCACACGCAUUGCGCCUCGCCGCCACACCUCGCAUCCCGGUGCCUACAAGCCCCGGCGGUCGCCAACAUCCGAGCGCGCCCGCGACGGUUUCGCGAAAGUCGCGCGCGGUGCCGACGGGACUCGACGGAGAGGCGAGGUGACACGAGGCAUCCUGGCCCUGUCGAGAGAUGUUAACUCCCUCGCCUGGGAGGUGGCCGUCGAGGAGGGCGGCGACGCUGCGGGCGCGACGAUGGAGAAGGCGGUGGGCAAGCUCGCGUACGAGAUGCAACGCAACUCCAUCUCCGACGACGACUCUGGCUGCGCCCUCGAGGAGUACACAUGGGUCCCGCCAGGACUCAAGCCCGAGCAGGUCCACCGGUAUUUCUGCUGCCUGCCGGAGGAUCGCGUGCCGUACGUGAACAGCCUCGGAGAGAAGUACCGCAUCAAGCAACUGCUGUACCAGCUGCCGCCCCACGACAACGAGGUGCGGUACUGCAGCUCUCUGGGCGAGGAGGAGAAGAAGGAGCUGAAGCAGUUCAGCGCUCAGCGCAAGCGCGAGGCGCUCGGCCGGGGAACCGUCAAGACCUUCCCCAUCACAGCCCUGGGCGCCACGUGUGAGCAGUGCGGCGGUGGCAUCGGCGGAGGCGAGAUGGCGGUGUUCGCGUCGCGCGCGGGGCACACCCCGUGCUGGCACCCCGCCUGCUUCGUGUGCGCCGCGUGCCGGGAGCUCCUCGUCGACCUCAUCUACUUCUUCGUGGACGGGAAGCUCUACUGCGGGCGGCACCACGCCGAGCGGCUCAAGCCGCGCUGCGCCGCGUGUGACGAGAUCAUUUUUGCGGACGAGUGCACGGAGGCGGAGGGCCGCCACUGGCACAUCUCGCACUUCAGCUGCGUCGAGUGCCACGUGGUGCUGGGCGGGCAGCGCUACAUCAUGAAGGACGGGCGCCCCUUCUGCUGCUCGUGCUUCCAGGCGCGGCACACGGUGGCGUGCGAGAGCUGCCACCGGCACAUCGGCCUGGAGGAGGAGCGUGUGACGUACGGCGGGCAGUUCUGGCACGCGAGCGACCGCUGCUUCAGCUGCGCACGCUGCAAGAGCUCCCUGCUGGGCUUCCCCUUCCUGCCGCAGCGCGGCCAGGUCUUCUGCUCCAAGGCCUGCAGCCUGGGCGACGACGGCAACGCGUCCGACUCGGCCGACUCGGCCUUCCAGAGCGCGCGCUCGCGGGACUCUCGCCGCAGCUUCCGCACGACCACCGCGGCCGCCGCCGCCGCCGCCGCCGCCGGCGGCGCUCAAAAGCCGCUCGCCAUCGAAACGUCGGGGGCGACGACGCCGCCCGCGAUGACGAUGGCGGCGCCGGCCCUCGCCGUUCAGCCGCCGCUCGCGCCCACGUCGUCCGGCUACAGCCUGGAGGCGGCAUCGGCGCAGAGCGUGCUCGACAAGCUGGGGAGCGCGCCGGGAUUCCGCGGCUUUGCCGAGUCGUCGCAGGGCACCGCUAGCGCGGCUGCCGCGGCGGCGGCGGCGGCGGCGGCGUACGGCCUGGACCAGACUCCGAAGAAGCCUCAGGCUUUCCUGACGCAGCGCUCGGUGGCGUCGAGCGGCGGGAGAAGCUCCCCCGAGGCGGCGAUGGGAGGCGACGGAGCCGGAUACCACCGGCGCGCCGGCAGCCCCGCUGAAUCGCUCGGCAGCCAGGCGAGCGGCACCAAAGAGCGGUUGCUCCAGGACCCGAAAGCCGUGGGCGACUACGGCAACCCGCUGGUUGACUACAACCCUUUGUACGGCCUGUCGAAGAGCUGGCAGCGGACGGACGAUGGCCCCCAGGGCGGCGGCGGCGGCGGCGUCCGGCAGGCCACCUACAAGGCGGCGGGCGAGAUGAGUUUCCUGCCGCCUCCCGCGCCGGGGCCGUGGAUCCAGGAGGGACAUCGCGAGGGGGCGGCGGCGGCGGCGGCCUUCAGCGCCAGGGAGCUGCAGCAGCAUUCGCGGCUCGGUGCGGCCGUGUGGGGGCUGAUGGACAUGGAAUCGGGGCGGGCGUCGCCGCAUGACUCCGUCGAGUCGCUGCCUCUCUCCAACAUCACCGGCCUCUCGGUGGACAUUGACGGCAAGUCGCCCGACCAGCUGUCCAAGUUCUCGCUGCCGUUCGUCGGCAGCGAGCGCGGCCUCGGCUCGGCGGAGAAGCUCAGCACCGCGGGCACCCUCGACUCCAGCUCUCGCUGCCGCAGCGCCGAGUCGCUCGCCGGCCUCUGCUCGAGCCAGCGCCCCGAGCGCGAGCGGGGCCGCCCCUCCGAGCUGGCUCCCCUCCAUGGCGAUGCCGGCGGCCGCGCCGGCGGCGCCGUGCCCCGACCGCCCGACCGCGCGCGCCGCUCCCAGUCGCAGCCGCGCUUCCUCGCCCAGUUCGAACCGGAGCGGGGGGCGUCGUCGUCGUCGUCGGCGCCGUCGGCGGCGGCGGCGGCGGCGGCGGCGGCGGCGCCGACGGCGAUGCCGUUCCCGCGAGCGCCCCUGAGCGAGCGGCCCCGCCGGAAACCGAUGGACUUUGACGACGGACGCUCGCGCGGCUCCGGCGGCGGCGGGCAGCACCACCACGGCCGGCAGCGGCACCACAGCGGGCAGCACCACCACCACGGGCACCACCACCACGGGCACCACCGCUCGCGCAAGUCGCGGCGCUCGCGCUCGGAGAACGCGCUGCACAAGCUGGCGGCGGUGGAACGGCGCCGGUGCCGCUUCAAGGACGAGCCGGAGGUGCACACGCACGAGGACUACGAGCAGCUGAUGCAGCGCAAGUCCGGGCGGGACGGCGGGGCGCGGGGCGGCUACCCGCAGGCGCCGCGCUCCAUCUACGCGCCGCAGAACCACAUCACGGUGGAGCGCUUCCCCAACCGCUACCCGGCCGACUUGACGCUCGACCUGGACGACGAGGGGGACGACAGCUCGGACGACUGGUGCUCCACCUGCUCGUCCUCCUCGUCGGACUCGGACGACGACGGGUUCUUCCUGGGGCAGCCGAUCCCGCGCACCGUGCUGCCGGUGCGGUGUCAGUACCGCGAGGGCGGCGGCGGUGCGGCAGCGAUGGCGGGGACGCUGGCGGGGACGCUGGCGGGGACGAUGGCGGGGACGAUGGCGGGGACGAUGGCGGGGACGAUGGGGUACGGCGGGCAGCCGCCACACUCCAUCACAAUGCCAGCGCUGUCGAGGAAGCAGCAGCGCCGGCGCAGGAAUAAGAACUGCAUCAUCUCGUAGCCGCCGGAUUGGUGAGCACCUCCGGAACGCGACGGAGCGAGCCGACGGACAACGGCGAUGAUCGUUUCGCGAAAUCGGACAGCGGCGCUCGCGCGUGCGAAAGAUGGGGAGACACGGAGAGGGCGGGAUUGGAAAUGAUGAGAAGAAACGCCACUUCGUUUGCCGUGGGAACGGCACCGAACCGUCUGUUACGUUUGUAAAGUCCACACAUUUUCAGAUGUCAUGGUGCUAAGGGGGACGUGCUUCCGAGGAUUUGAGCUUCGAUCGCGCCCGCCUCGUCCGGACGACGCUUCCUUUCGCGCAUAUCAAGGGGCGAGAACGGUUAUUUAAGUGGGAGGAGGAGGAGGAACAAGGCUGCGAUCCUGGUGGAGCAUGCUUUGACGGCGAAGUUCAUGCAACGGAUGGGACGAUGGCGUUUCGCCGGGCCGCCUUUCAAGUUGCACCUAUAGUCGGCGUGCGUAGAUUUUUUUUAAUUAUCCUAUCUGUCUAUCAUCGCGUCGUCAUUUUGAGACCGAUCCUCCUGUGAUUUGGCCGACUUUGCACGCGAAAGCGCGGCAAGGGCACAAGGCUCUCGGUUUGCUCCGUGCGGAAGAGUUGAUCCUCAGAGGUUACCCUGGCCCUCGAACCAAAACACGAUUCCACGUUCUACAUCUAAACAACAAGGGCAAAUGUAAAAAGAAAAACGUGUAAGUAACGCUAAAGCUGAUUAUUAAAAAAAAGUACAAACGGUAAAUGUAACAGAGCUUUAAUGUUUUAAGUGCACCUAUAUAUGUAUUUUUAUUUUUUAUUUCUUCCUUCGCAUUUCUUAACUCGCGUAUUACGACAUGUUAAACUUUUUUUUGUUUGUCACGCGGUGCCGCUAUUUCGUCGUGUAACGUAUUUAUAAUAAUACCAGCAGCGCGUGCGUGUGUGCGUGCGUGCGUGUGUGCGUGCGUGUGUGCGUGCGUGUGUGCGUGCGUGCGUGCGUGCGUG